AUGAGAGAGCAGUUAGUUAAGAAUAUUAUCGAUUGUAGCGCCAAAUUGUCAGUACUUAUUGACGAAUCCACAACUUUGAGUUCAAAGACAAGCAUGGUUGUUUAUAUUAAAUCUGCAAUAUCUAAUGAUGAUCCUAUUUUUAUGUUUUUGGAUCUCGUUGAGCUUGAUAAUCAAUUAGCUGUCAAUAUUGUUGAUAAACUACUAGCUUGCCUUCAUAAAUGUGGCUUUGAUGAAACAUUUCUUCAAAAAAACUGGGUGUCAUUUGUCAGUGAUGGGGCCAGUGUUCUCCUAGGUAAAAAAAAUGGAGUAGCCAAACGCCUUAAAGAUAAAUAUCCAUUGAUAUUUAGUUGGCAUUGUAUGAACCACAGACUAGAGUUAGCUGUCAAUGAUUCAGUAAAAGAUGUAACUGCCACAAAUCAUUUUAAAGCAUUUUUGGAUAGUCUUUAUGCUUUAUACAACAGAUCACCAAAAAAUCAAAAUGAACUUAAAACGAUAUGUACUGAACUAGAUAUGAUAUUUUUAAAAGUUGGCAGGGUUAAGUGA